UGGUUGUAAAUCUGUUAAAAAUACAGCCUCAUCUGUCUCCUGUGAAGACUUUAACCUAAGAGGUGGUGAUUAUAGAAGGACUUUGAUCUCAGAGUUAAUAUAUAAAGUCGGGGCACGGAGAAAAGGUGAUAAUCUUAGCUUACAGAGAGAGAAAGAACAACACCACGACCAUGUGGACCACUGUUGUACCUCUGCUGCUGAUACUUCAUACAGUGGCUGGCCAGAGCCAAAUAAGAUGGUGCACCAUCUCAGAGCAAGAGGAGAGAAAAUGUCAGGCCAUGUCCCAGGCUUUCUCGGCUGCCUCCAUCCGUCCCACCCUCAGCUGCAUCAACGGGGCCACAGUUGAGGGCUGCGUGCAGAAACUGCAGAAAAAAGAGGUUGAUGCUUUAUCCAUGUUUGGCUCUGAAAUCUACAAACAGUCAAAGACCAUUCCCUUCAAAAUGGCAGCCAGUGAAUCAAAGGAUGGAGAUAUAUUUUCCUACUAUGCGGUCGCGGUGGUGAAGAAGGCAAACUCUGGCAUCAACAUCAACAACCUGGCGGGAAAGAAGAGCUGUCACACCGGGAAAGGCCGGACAGCAGGCUGGAACAUGCCUCUGGGAUACCUAAUAGACCAGGGUCUCAUGUCAGUGAUGGGCUGCAACAUCCCACAGGGGGUGGCGAAUUUCUUCAGUGCGAGCUGCAUUCCUGGAGCCAAUGAGGCUGGUGACCCUGCCUCUCUGUGUGCACUCUGCAAAGGAGAUGGCAACGGGCAGCACGUAUGUGAGAAGAGCAACAACGAACAGUACUUUGCCUAUGAAGGAGCUUUCAGGUGUUUGGCCGAAAACGCAGGAGAGGUGGCCUUCAUCAAACACACAGUCGUUGAGGAGAACACUGAUGGUCGUGGCCCAGAAUGGGCUCAAUCGCUCAAGUCAUCAGAUUUUGAGCUGCUGUGUCGUGACGGCAGCAGAGCUGCUAUCACCGACUGGCAGAGGUGUCAUCUGGUGGGCAUCCCGUUUCGAGGCGUCGUGGUGAACCCUGACAUCAAACCCUCUGUGGUGUUUGGGAUGUUGGAGGAAGGCCAGCAAAAGUCAAACUUCAAGAUGUUUUCGUCUUCGGAAUACGGAGGAGGAACUGUGCUUUUCUCCAAUUUGACCACCAAGCUUGAAAAGGUUGGCUCUGAAGAGCCCAGAAAUUGGAUGAACGACCACUAUUAUGCUGCUAUGAAGGCCAUGGACUGCAACCCCACAGACGUCCCCAGUGAGCUGCGCUGGUGCCUGGUGUCCAGCGCUGAGGAGCAGAAGUGUGCAGAUAUGAAGACCGCUUUCAGCUCACAAGGUCUGACUCCAGCAAUCGGGUGUGUCAGAGGCCAGUCUGUCACAGACUGCAUGAAGAAAAUCAAGAACAAAGAGGCUGACGCCAUCAGACUGAGUGGAGGGGACACCUACAUAGCGGGCAAAGACUACGGCCUGGCUCCUGCUGCUGCCGAGAGCUACACAGCGGAGGACCACGAUGGAUUCAACUACUAUGCAGUUGCAGUUGUCAAAACAAGCAACACAGACAUCCGUAACUUUGAGGAUCUGAAAGGUCGUCGCUCCUGUCACACCGGUUAUGGCCGCACCGCGGGCUGGAACGUCAUUUCAGCCACUCUGAUGGAUAAAAACCUGAUCAGUCCUAAGGAUUGCCAGAUAGCCGAAGCGAUGGCGGGAUUUUUCAAGCAGAGCUGUGUACCAGGUGCAAAUCAGCCCGGCCUCCCCAGUAACCUGUGUGACCUGUGUGUGGGAGACGAAUCAGGAGAAAACAAAUGUGAGAGCGGAAAAGACAUGUAUGACGGAUACGACGGUGCCUUCAGAUGUCUGGCAAAAGGUGAUGGUGAAGUUGCUUUCGUCAAACAUUCCACUGUACCAGACAACACCGACGGUCAGGGAAGCGAAUGGGCAACGGAUCUGCUGUCUACAGAUUUUCAGCUGCUUUGUACUCAAGGAGCUAGAAUUGAUGUCAAAAGAUACAAAGAAUGUAACCUCGCCAGAGUACCUUCCCACGCUGUCAUGGUCCGGCCAGACACCAACAUCCACGUAAUAUAUGGAGUUCUGGCUCAGGCGCAGAAACACUUUGGCAGUGAUGCAGGUUCUGUGUUCAAGAUGUUCGACUCACAGGCCUACGGCGGCACAGAUCUCAUCUUCAAAGACUCCACUGUUCACAUUAUUGGUGUCGGGGACAGAAAGACCAACCAGGAAUGGCUGGGUCGCAUCUACAUGGAGUCAAUGGCCAAUAAGAAUUGCAACUCAUCCACUGCAGUGGUUUAUUCCAUGUGGCUGCUGCUGGUGGCCCUGCUCAGCACCAUGAUGACCAACACCUGGAUGUGAAGACACAGUCCAACUCUCGGUUGUUAAUUGCCUUUAUCCUUCUUCUGCUGUCUCUCCAUUGAUAUUCCCUUUUUUCUCCACUUUUCCCAAAUGAAUGUUUAGAAUCAACCCUCUUGACUGCUGUCCAAUCGAACCACAGACUUUCAUUGCUCUCCCAGCCCACGACUUUAUGCCUCAUUGUAUUACUUCUCUUAAAAUGUCACGUUGGAUGUGACAGAGAUGUGUCGAAAAGAGAGGGGUGACUGCCACUAUGUUUACUGAAGGUGAGCUGCCAUAGCAGUGUGUAUGCUGCCACCUGUUACAUUGAAAUGGUGGGUUUUGCCUCCGUCUCUCUAAAGCUACUUUUACAGAGACCAUACCGAUUUUCUCCCUCACAUGAGCCUUGAAAAGACAUCAUAAUUUUCAGUUCCAGUGGAAAUGUGAUCUGAGACCAUUUUAAAGUUCCCUGGUUAUCACCUCAUCACAUUUUUGGAAGUGUAUUUUUCAUCUUAAGAAUAUUUUUUCAGUGAUCAUCAUUUAGGAUGGCCCACAUCUUCAAAAGUUACAUCUUCGAACAUGUCUUCCAUACAAAUGAAGUGAUAUAAAGAUGUGCGUUGUUCAAUGCUAAGAACACAUCAACAGAUGCAAGAAAUCCAUCCAGUGUUUUCACCAACAUGAAAAUAAAUCUCAGCAACAGCACAUGCCUUUCAUUAGACUCAUUAAAUCCUACCAACUACAGUACGAUUGAAGAUUUCCCAACCUGCGACCUUUAAAAAGCAUUGUGCUGGCUGGUUGAGCGUGGCUUCAGAUCAUGUGAGGGCAGAAGUCAGGCUGGACCUCUGCUUUGCUGCCACAUGCUGUGUGAACACUGCUGCCAAACAGUCUUGUUUCAGGCUGCGUUACCUCAAUAAGCUAAUGCCAUAUCAGUGAAUAUGCACUAGUGUAGCCUCCUCAGAGCUGUUUCAUUUGCAUGUUGUUUGAUCUGUUUUGAAGGGAAAUUAUUCCCGUUUUAUUUUGAGUAUUUAAUCUAAACUCUUCAGAGUCAACACGAUCAGAUCUCAUGUUUUCUGAUCCAAACAACUAGAAAUGCCUCCCUGUAACUGUUAUCAAAGUGUCCAUUGCACUCUCUACUGCUUGAUGCAGUUUUCUUUUUUGAAUUGUUGAUUAAAUGUGUAUUUUCCAAUGAUGAGAUUUAUUUUUAUAUGAAGUUCAGAUACCAUAUCAGUGUAUAUGUACUGACUCAUGCUGUCAGAAACAUAAUCCUUUUUCUUUCUUCUUGAUAUUUAUUUCUCUGUGAAAUGAAAUGACAUGUAACUAAUAUUUAGUUGCCAGACCAGUGUGCCUGCACAAGUAUUGCUACAUAAAACAGCAUAUUUGACCUGUUUUCUGUGCUCUUUCAAAUGAAAUAAAGA